AUGGAAGCAGAUAUUAAUGUUUUUUGCCUAAACGCAGAAAGAGCACGAUUAGUAGAGUCCCAAGAGGCAGAGCGGAAAGUCAGCGGGGAGGAGGAGGGGGAGAAUAUCGAGGACGUAGAGAAUAGCGAGGAGGAAGAGGAGGACGAGAAGGAGGAUAUUAAGGACGGCGAAGACAGCGAUGGUAGCGAACAUAGCAACAAUAACGAAGAGGCCCAGAACCAGGAUAAGGAGAAUAAGCAGAACGAUUAG